ACGGUCUCGGGGAUUGAUGAGUCUCGCCUUUGGGGAAUUCUUGGAAGCUUCUAGCUGCGUCCUUUGGUAGUAAUUCUUGUGGCCCCUUGCUACCACACACACACACACACACACACACACACACAUGCUCGAAACCCUCUCGCAUUCCUCUUUCCUCUCUCAUCUCUUGCAACCAUCGCCACCCCUGUCCUCCCCCCAGCUCCCUCCCUCCCUCUGCUCCUGGCUCUUUCUGCCUCUCUCCAAAGCUGUUGUUACUGCGCGGCUCCCGCACAUCAUUCCACCGCGAUGGAAAUUAAAUGAAGGUGGCUUAACGCAGCUAACAGAGGCAUGCUUUGAAGGAUGCAACCGGGGGAAGCAGCUCUGCCAGAUCCUUUUCCACGGGCUGUGGAUUUGCGCUGCUGAGGCGAGGACACAGCAAUCACUCAGCCAUGCAGAAGCCCAGACAACAGGACUAAUCUCUCCACCUGACUUGUGGGAGCUCCACUUUUUUUUUUUCUGCUGAAUUAUUUAUUCCUUCGCCGCCAAAGACGGUGUGGUACGAUGGAGCCGGAGUGAAGUAGAUGGUACAUGUGGUAGCUUUGAUUGCAGUCUGCAGCACGCAUGGAUGUGUUCAGCUUUGUGAAGAUGCCAAAGCUGUCAGGCCACAGGACCAAAUCCUCUGGCUGGCCGCCCCCUUCAGGGACCUGGAGUGCAUCGCAGGGACCCCCCAAUGGAUGGGACAUGGGCACCAACAGAGAGGGGCGUGACUGCUACAUCAACAGCGUCUCGCAGAGCAGCUCUCUGGAUGAGGUCCGUCUGGACGGGGACAGGUUUGUGCCACCAGCGCCCAGGAAGGUGGAGAUGAGACGAGACCCAGUGCUUGGCUUUGGAUUUGUGGCCGGCAGUGAGAAACCUGUGGUGGUCCGCUCAGUCACACCAGGGGGUCCUUCAGAAGGCAGGCUGAUCCCAGGAGACGAGAUCAUGAUGAUUAAUGAUGAGCCGGUCAGUUCAGCGCCCAGGGAGAGGGUCAUUGACCUUGUCAGGUAUGACAACACACUCAGGAGCUGCAAGGAGUCCAUAUUGUUGAGCGUUGUUCAGCCGUACCCAUCACCCAAAUCGGCAUUCAUCAGCGCAGCCAAAAAGGCCAAGUUAAAGACUAAUCCUGUUAAAGUACGCUUCGCCGAGGAGGUCAUCAUCAACGGCCAGGUCCCCGAAACGAUGAAGGACAACUCCCUUCUCUUCAUGCCAAAUGUUCUGAAGGUGUACCUGGAGAACGGGCAGACUAAAUCAUUUAAAUUUGACAGCAGCACAUCCAUUAAGGAUGUCAUCUUGACCCUGCAAGAAAAGCUAUCCAUUAAGAGUAUCGAGCACUUCUCUCUGAUGCUGGAACAAAGAGCUGAGGGGUCUGCCAGCAAACCUAUGCUCCUGCAUGAGCAGGAGAUGCUUACUCAGGUGACGCAGAGGCCAGGAUCGCAAAAGAUGAAGUGCUUUUUUCGCCUCACUUUUGUCCCGAAGGAUCCCUUGGACCUCCUGAGGAGAGACGCUGUAGCAUUUGAGUACCUCUAUGUUCAGAGCUGCAAUGAUGUGGUAUUGGAGAGAUUUGGGUCGGAGCUGAAAUACGACACGGCCCUUCAUCUGGCUGCCUUGCAAAUGUACAUUCUAACCAUCAACACCAAGCAGUCCCAGAAGGUUUCCUUAAAGUAUAUUGAGAAGGAGUGGGGUCUGGCGUUGUUCCUGCCUCCAGCCGUGCUGUCUAGCAUGAAGGAGAAGAACAUCAAAAAAGCCCUCACUCACAUCCUCAAAACCAACCAGAACCUGGUGCCGCCUGGUAAAAAGCUGACAGCCUUGCAGGCAAAGGUCCAUUAUCUGAAGUAUCUCAGCGAUCUGCGGCUGUACGGAGGACGGGUUUUUAAAUCCACGCUAAUUCAAGGCGAGAAGCACACAGAAGUGACGUUGCUGGUGGGACCCAAGUAUGGCAUUAGUCAUGUGAUUAACACCAAAACAAACCUGGUGGCUCUCCUGGCCGAUUUCAGUCACGUCAACCGCAUUGAGAUGUAUACAGAAGAUGACAACAGGGUUCGAGUGGAGCUUCAUGUUCUGGACGUAAAGCCCAUCACUCUCUUAAUGGAGUCUGCUGAUGCAAUGAAUCUCGCCUGUUUGACCGCCGGCUACUACAAACUCCUGGUGGACUCGAGGCGCUCCAUCUUCAAUGUGGCCAAAAACACAAACACGAGCCACGCGUCUAGAGUAAAGCAGCCCUACCAGGCCAUUGAGUGUACAUACAGCACACCCCACAAAGGACUCCAGGACAGAAACAACCAGAGAUGCAGCCAAGAUUAUUCUGACCAGGAGUACCUUGAGCACGGGAAAUUUGAAGGUCAACAAGUUUACAUCACAGAGAUCCACCAGGCCCAGCACUCAAUUCACAUGGCAGAGAGGGCGGAGUGCUGCAGGAUCCCUUGCACCCAAACUUACCUCAACGUCCCGAGGCCCAAACCCCAAGACUCUUCCAGGGGCGCAAAGGUCUCCUUCAUAUUUGGAGAUCCAACCUUUGACAGUGUAAACCCCCAAAAUCUGGGCUACCAGAGACUGAUGGAUGAGACCCCAGAGAUUUUAGACAGUCACGGCCACAUGUAUAGGCGUCUCGAAGAGGACUAUAAGAUGAUGGACGCCAUAGAAGACGGGGACGGUUACCAGUACUCCACCAAAAUCUUUGGGCCUACUGAAUGCAUCGAGGAGCCGCUGCUGCACGACAUCUGUUACGCGGAGACGACAGACGAGGCCGAGGACGAGGAUGACAUCAGCUGCGAGGAGGACAUGGUGAUGAGUGACAUUGACAAGCCUACGUUGCUCUCGCUCUCGGGGUCCAGCGAUGACAUCAUCGACUUGACUUCCCUCCCUCCCCCGCCGGAGGGGAACGACGAGGAGGACAACGACGUGCUGCUGCACUCUCUUAACUUGGCCAUCGCUGCGCCUCCUCCAGGCUUCAGGGACAGCUCUGACGAGGAGGAGCAGCAGCAGCAGCAGGGGGCCGGGAAUCGGGCACAGGGGGCCUGCAACGACAUCCCGGUGUCUCUCAUAGAUUCGGUACCCAACCUCGGGGCUGAGGACCACGAGGAGCCUCUGAACGACGCAGUGGUGUCGACCUUACAGGCGCUCGAGGCCCUCGCUGCAUCCGAGGAACAGAGUGCGGCACCGUCAGAGAGUAGCACAGGCGUAGAAAUAUCUCGUGCAUUUAGUCCCGAUUCCUCCGAUUCUGGCAAUGAGACAAACUCCUCUGAGAUGACAGAGAGCUCCGAGCUGGCCACCGCUCAAAGACACUCAGAAAACCACCUGAGGAUGCACGCAGCUGUGGCAGAAGGAUACCACGCCGCGAACGAGGAAAAGACACGGGCCGCAGCAGCACCUGGCGACGGUGCACCGGGAGCCGGGCGGCGCAACCCCCAGGAGCAGCAAGAUGGCGAGGCGAAAUCUUCUGCCGUCGCCUCCUCGCAUAUCCUGCACUCGGAUGGCGGUGAAAUGGAGCCAGAGACGAUGGAAAUGAAGUCGGUCAGCGAAUACUUCACUAAGAUGCACCUUGACUCGGUAAUGAGCAGACAGGGAGGGAAACAGAGGGAGGCAGAUACCUGUGAAUCUUCUAACAGAUCCGACGUGGCUCCUCGCGACUCGCCAAGAGACGAGUCCCCUCAUCUUGUCGGGAAGUACAACGCUUUCACCGUGAGAGAUUCCUACUACAUGAAUCAACUCGAUCUCGGGCGGACUCACUUUAAAGACGGACAUCAAAAAUGGCAGCAGAGAGCGCCCGGAAACAAGAUGCCCGACCAUCUCGACCCACAGGCUUCCCACGCGGACAAGCUAACAGUGAAGGGAGAGAAACGUGACUCGAGCGAAGGAAGCCAACAGUCGAGCGACCGUCUCCGCUCUCCGUGCAAAGCGGCUGCGCUCGCAGAGGGAGAGGCCGCUUCCCAGGACAACGAGCAGCAGCAAAUUAAGAUCCCGCCGUCGGAGCGCGACGUCACCCAGUCGCGCGAGUACAAAGUGAGCAAGCGCAUGUCGUCGAUACAGAGCGAAGGCGCUCAUCCUCUGCACGGCUCACAGUGUUCCUCCAUAGACGCUGGUUGUAGCACAGGCAGCAGCAGCUGUGCGACUCCCAUGGAUUCUCCUCUUUGUGCCACAGACAAUAUGCAUGUGCUUUCGGAGUCCUCACUCAAGGGGCUGAGUUAUGCAACGGCCCAGGAUAAGGCCUUUGGGCCCCCCGGCGAGGGGAGGGCCGGCCACUCCGUGGACCCCACCCUGCCGAGGAAGACCCAUGCAGCAACCAGUGGCGAGCCCGGGUUCGGGACCACACGGGAUGGCGGUCAUCGGAAGCCCAAGAUUAAAGAAACCACAGCUUGCACACAGCUGGUGAAGGUUGGGAAAGAGUCAUCUUUAGCUCUCUGUAAGGAGACCAGUAUCACCACCACAACCACUUCACUGUCAUCAUUAAGAAGUAGCACAGAGCCCAGUGGGCUAACACUGGCCAGCCCAGAGCCCGUCCCACACGCCCAGGCUUUCCCCUCAAGCGGAUCUCCGUGUGACCCUAAAACAAGCAGCCUCGGGAAGCCACGCGGGGACGCGAUGCCCAGGACCAGUUGGAGCACCAUAAUGCCGGUCUCCAGGAGCUUAGAAGCGCUGUUAGAAAAGACCACGGCCACACUCUCAAGAAAAAGUGGUGGUCGGAGUUUCCAGUCACAAGCUCCCCCAAACGCACAGGGGAUAUUCUCGGCCAAAACCUUGCCCAAGAGCUUCUCCCAAGGUUCAGUCGCCUCCAAUUUGUCUAGCAAAAGGCCGCUCAAGUCCUCCCUGCUGCCAGAGUCAACAGCUGCCAGGCUGGAUGCACACAGGCCAAUGUGGAGGCGCCGCGUGCCCUUCGGCCACUGCUUCCUGCGCAAAAAAAACCCCACUGAUUGUGAUGAUGAAGACGGAAAGAUGCCCUCACAUGCUCCGUUCUCUGUCAACUCGGCUCCUGUCAAUCGCAAGCGAAGCGCAGCCAUGAAGUCGCAGCAGAGCAACGCGCUUUCAGCUGCGCGCGACACCAGCCUCGAAGCGAGGCUAGCUCGCGUGAAUUCUAUGAAGGGGAAAACCUACAGCCUGCAGGCGGGGUUCGCACUGGCGCGAAAGGAUGCCAUGGAGAUGGUCGGCGUGUUGCGAUCCGGUCCCGGGCGCCCGUCCCGCGGUGAGAAAAGCGAGGUCAACGGGGACGGGGUGGAGACGUUCUCCCAGCUGCUGUCGGCGCAGGCCGAGGCGCUGAGCCGGGCGUGCGGUCAGAUGGCCGUGGAGUACAGCAGCCCGGAGGAGUUACUGCUCACUCUGACGCACAGCUUCCACACACUGUGCUGCCUAGCGCAAGCCUGCAUGUCACUCGCGGAAGGCCUGAGCCCCGAGAGCAAGCGGCGUGAGGUGGUGGCCAAAGUGGAGGAGGUCGCCGUGAACUACGUGCGUCUGCUGAAAGCGGCCGAGGCGGCUUCAGGAAGUUCCCCCUGUGACCAAAGUGUGAAUGCACUGACACGUGACUCUUCCACCAUGUCCGCUGUUAUAGACGCACUGACUCACUCACUGAAAACACUGCUCUACAAAUGAACUUUUGUCCUAAUUAUUGAUUUUAAAGCCAUACAUAAGGGACAUGGGUUUAACAACCAAUGUGAACUGCUGUGAGAAAAAAAAUUGCCUUGUAAAUAUAAUAUUUUGUUAUGGAAAGUAAAAAAUCUAAAUCAAAAGAGUCAAUAGUUUUAAAUAGAUUAUAAUAAGGCCUCCAGGAAGAAGCAUAUGACCCGGCUCUCUAGUAUGUUAUCUUAUAUCAUAUAAAAGGGAAGAUGUUUUAUGAUUUAUAUGUUAAAUUAGGGGUUUAAUAUGUAGAUUAAUACAACCUUAUUGCUACUUUGUUUAUACAUUCUAAGAAUAUAUAUGUUAGAGAAAUGCAUACACUAUACAGCUCUUGACAAAUUAUUGCACAGGACAAGACGUGUUCAAUCAAGCAAGACCUUUUUUUUGCUAGAUUCACCUCAAUUUAAUCAUUACUUUACACACAAGCACUGAGUCCUUCCUGGGUUUUUGUCAACAUCAUUAAAACUCUUUAAAUGUCCUCUCAAA